AUGAAACUUUCUCUACUCUCGGUGAAGGUUUUCUAUCGAAAGAAACCGAAGUUUAAGGAGCGGCGAAAGAGCAGCAAAAGUAAGUUGCGUUACGCGAGUUGUCACUACAUAAAUACUCCUUUUAAUACUUGUAAAUUAUCUUGUUUAUUUUUUCAAUGCAGAAAGAAAAGAGGCUCGCUCCAAAUCAAGCCCGAAUCUCCCUGCUGCAAUGGACAACACAUCUGGCACCGAGGCAGAAAUCAACGAGUCUACGAGCUCGAUGAGUUGUUCCAUCAAUGAAUUCGAAACGUACGUAUGCUUGCCAAAUCUUUCUGGCAUUAAUUAUUUCAUGCAUGAGUACACUUCAUGUUUCUGCCAAAUAUUGGCUAAUGCUCUGCUCUGGGUUUUAUAAGAUUUGCAGAUGAAGUGAAUGGUGAAAUUCCCGAGGUAGACUUCAGAGGGAAAGUAAGAAGGUUUGUCCAAUUAUUUCGCUGUUUGUUAUUCACACUACCUGCAAAUGUAUCUCAAACAUUUAUAUUGUCGAAAUCACUCGCGUGGAGAAAUGGCUUUUGAAACGAAAAGCUGGUGAUGGUGUAAAAGAUUAUCAAUCCAGAGGAACAGAGGAAGUGUUAGCGUUUCAAACAUCAUUUUUUGUUUGUUAUGCUGCGUCCCUCACAGCGUCAUAAUUUACGCUAUGUUGAGCAUUGUUAUCAACAAGCGUGUUUUCUCUUUGUUCUUCCAGCGAAAAGUCCUUGUCAGACCUGGAUGAAACUUCAAGUGCACUCACUCAGGUACAUUCCUUUCAUUUGAGUAAUUGAAGUUCUUUGUUGAAGUGUUUCUAGGAAAAGACUCUCUUUAACCGGAAGUUAAAUAUCAGCCAAUGCGCUCGCGCGACGUUCGCGGCAAGCUGGUGGAGUGAUCUUGACGUGUGAUGAGCUCACGCAUGAGCCUAUUUGUGAUAGGCUCCUGCAAUGGGUCACGCGAAUAUGUGGUCCGAUUGAGACCGUACUUUGACCGACAGUAAAUAAAAGCUUCGAAACCUCAUAAAUCUGCUUUCUUGCUCGUGUUAAUCUUCUGGGAAGGAGCGGUCACGGAAUGGAAGAGGACAUUUUCUUGUAGCCCUCUUCUGGCUUGCUAAAAAUGUUGUCGAUCAAAGUUUCUCGCCUGGAUGACUGUUAGUGCCCUCAUACAAAACUUGCGGAAUUAUGCAAAACGAAGAAGAGAGUGAAAAUCGGGUCAAGCGUACAAAAAUGCGAUUUUCCCUCAGAUCAAAGACUAAUAAAAACCUAACUCGAAGAAAAAUUUCAUAUCUGCCUUGGAUUUUUAAUCCAAUGUUGAAGGUUUAUAAUCAGGUAAGGUAGUUUCAAAACAAAUAUGUACAAUUAUGCAAAAUCAAUGCGUUGAAACAGGUGUCUAAAUGUUUAAAACGUGUUAAUGUGAAUUAGUUGUCAUAGUGAGAUAUACAUCAGACCGCUGGGGAAUUUGUCACGUAUAGAAUUUCAAUAACCAAAAUGUACCCUUUACAUCUAAGACCCCCAUCUUAAGGUUGUGCAAGGUGGUUCAAAUUGUUGUUUUUCCUUUUUCAUGCUAGGUUAUAGUUAUUUACAGAAUCUUAUUCUUGCAUUAAUGUUACUCUGAUCAUCAAAUUUUGCUUGUUCACUUUUAAGUUUGUAAUCCAUAAAAGCUGAGUAAAAGGGAUAACUAGUGUCGGUAGGCGGCCGGGCUGGCCUGCUGAUUAAGAAGUCACCUCUUCAGUCCCCGGGCAAGAUCAAUACUCUGGGUCUUAAGUUACAAGGGAAGAAGAUACUUCCUUUGCCAAAACAAAUAGACCUCUCAUGGCAAGGAUGGCUAUGGAGAAAUCGUGGUCCCAUCUUCAGUUAGAGGUGUAGAACAGUGUCUUUAAUUAGUACUUACAUGCUAAAUACACUGACACUUUGAUGGAAGGACAGACUUUAAGUAGUAGUAGAAAGUUGUUCUCCAUUGGCUUAGCCUUAAUCUAAAUCAGGAACAACCUUCACAUUGUUUUACUUGGUUACACUCUUCACUAUGUGUCCAAUCCCAGGUGUAAAAAAAGUAACUUAAUAUUGUUUAAUAAAUUAUUGUUAGAAUGCACUAUAACAGGCUAUAAAUGCAGAGAGAAAGGAUGCCCUCCAUAUUAGUUGAGUCACCAAUAUUGGUCCUCGAAGUAACAUUUUUAACAAUACAUAAUUAACCUGAAGUCAAACUAUAACUAGGUAAGGGAUAAAAGGACUCAAAUUUACAAGCUCAAAUUGAGCUGUAUAUACAAGUUUAACUUUAUAUUCCCAGCGUCGUCAAAUUAGCACCUAGUUGAACACUGUUUAGUAGCUUAGUAACACAUCAGUCUAAAAUUGAAUUUUAAUUAUGUGUUGUUCAACAACUUCCUGUUUUAUCACAAACAACCUUCAAAAUUUGAGGUAUGAUAUGAGAUUGGGGACUUAAAUAUCUUAUAAGUUAUUUGCUGCUGCACACAACCUUUUCCCAGGGUUAACAAUAUAAUAAUAUUUAUCUAUGUUUGAAAAAACAUUUGAUGUGUUCUUAUCAGGUGAGGUUUUAGCUGAGACCUGAUAGGUUGUUUUGGAUCAGUUGUUCCUUAUUUGCAUGUGAUUCAUGACUUAGCAUUUUUUAAUUGUGUACUUUUACUAAUAAUAAUUGCUCACAGUGUGACGUAAUUUUUCUGAUUUUCUGCUUGAUUUAUUUCAUUUAUGGAAUGUGGUUUACCACCAAGCAACAUUUUUUGCAACUUGCCUUACCAAAGCUGAAAAUGUGGUCAUUAUUUAGAGGGGUAGGGUAGCAGAAGAUCAAGAAAUGUCAUGUUCAAAUAAUCCUUACUACUUGUCCACCUUCCCCUCACCUCCACACUCAGUUCCCGUCUUGUGUGCUUACCCACUCUUAAAUUGUCCAGCUCCUUUUUUCAUUGCAAGAAAAUUAGCAACCUUCCUUACCCUCUAGGUUUCCUACAGCUUGUUUGGCAAUGUUGUGUGCAGUUAAAUAGUACAAUGUACUGUGUUAUGUAUGAGACUACUACAUGAUGGGAAAGAAGGAGAAAUCAGUUUAUGUCACACAAAAUUGUUGCAUGCAAACAUUGUUAUCAACAUGUAAAACUAUUUACGUGCUUCAAAAAUGCUGGUACAGUGCUGGGUGACUUAUUAUAUUCCAAAUACUGGAACUAAUGUCUUCUUUUUAUAAUGCUUGUGCCAAAAGAAAUAAAAUUAUUGUUUUUACAUUACCAGCACUAAGCAUUUAAAAAUUUGAAUACAAGUUGCACAACUUAAUUGCCUAUUUGUGUAACAGGGCCUUAAAUGAAACUAAGAGAAACUCACUCCUAAGACAAAAUUUGUAGAGUGGAAACUCUCCUAGCGGACAGAUUCGUAAGCAGGCAGCUCUACUUACGGCCACCUUCACAGAACCCUAUUUUUCUCAAUUCCUAUACAAACUCUGUAUAUUUAAAUUCCCGUAAGCAGCCAGCUCCAGCUACGGAAACCUUUUUCACAUUCCGAGGAUGUCCACUUACAAGAGCUCCACUGUAAUCAUUUAUUGACCUAAGUUCAAUAAUUUUUCUUUAAUCAUUAUUUUUGUUUCUUUUUUUUUUGUACAGUCUCAAAUAAUUAAAGCUGACAGGACUCCAAACUUUAUCAAGGUGAGAUUUUCCAAUAAUUCUCUAAUUUUCCAUUUAACUGUUACAGCAGUGGGACAAGUAAAACCUUGAAUGCUGGAAAUUUUCUCUGGAAUGCGACAUAUUGUUACCAUGUAUAGGGGUGGCGAAUGGUACCUCGAAAAACUUGGGUCUCGGAAAAUUUUGGCAGGAUCUCGAGAUCUCGGAAGCGUCGUUUUUUCAUGGUUUGCUUUUACUUUUUUUGAGUCUCGAAACUUUUCACCAAAGAGUCUCGGGCUCGGAUUUCUAACUAGGAUCUCGGCGUCUUGGCGAGUCUCGAAUUUUACCAUUCGCCACCCCUAUGUAUGCCCUUCAUUGCCCAUGCUGUUUUGGUUGUGUUAACGGCGUGUUAUUGGUUACAGUUUUUAGUUUUAAACAAAUGCAAGGACUUGUGAAUAUUACCAAACUGUUGUCUGAAAUUAGACUGGAUUACUACCGCCAAGUUGCCUUGCUAUAACUGGAUAUAGUGACUUUUCAGGUUCUUUAUAGACAAGCUUUCCAUUUUCUUUUGACUCCAGCUGCCUCCCUAUGGCUACAGUUGAGCUCACAAGCAUUCAUUAUUUUCAUUGUCACCAUUUCAAAUUUUUAAAUCAUUUGUUGGGGAAAAAUUAAACUGUUUCCAAGACUGUUGUACGUUCAUUCUUUUUCAUAUAAAUUUUCGUGUGAAAUUAUUAUUCCAAGGAUUUCUCUUUUAAUUAUUAUUAUAACUUAUUUGGAUUUCUAGUGUAAAGUUUUUACGUUGGUGAGAAAAAAUAUAAUUAUCAAAAAACCAUUUCCAUGCUAACAGUUCGUACUUUAGAAUUAUGACUGUACACAGCAAAUCAGUGGACUCCAAUGAGCAUCAUAUAAUAAGGCAUUUUUACUGGUGCAAAAUUUAAACUGUUGCAUAAGAGUAAUUUUGUUCAUUGUAACUGUAGUUUACAUUACAAUCUUGCAUACAUAAUUCAACAUUGAAAACAUUAUUGCACUUAGAAAGCAGUUCUGGUAAUCUAUCAUAUACAUGUAUCUAUUUAUAACAUACUCCCAAUUAUAGCUUUUCUUUAAUGACAGGUUAUUCAAGUAAAAUCUGUUUAAAUAUUUCUCAUUUUGCAUAAAUUUUUGUUAUUCCAAAAAUCUGGCAAGCUAUUGCUAAUUAAAUGUUCAACUAAAAAAGAUAUUUAUUUCUUUCUCUGUGUGUAUCAUGAUUAAACUCUGGUGAAUUGUUGCAAAUUACUACUUGAUAGAAGUACCACAAGAGUAAUAUAAUCUGAAUAUUUACUGUAAGUAUUUAGCCCUUCGAACCCCAACAUAGUAUCAAUAUACAAACUCUCUAGACUGAUCCUCAUACAUUUCCUUAAUGUAUUAGUUCAGAGAAUUUGAUAAAAGAUCAAAGCAUUUUUCCUUUGGUGAUCAUAAUUUUUAUUAAUUCUCAUAACUUUCGCCUGAUAAUGUAUUAAUAUUACUAGGAGAAAAUUGAUGGUGGUCAGUGCUGGGACUUAGAGGGUUAGUAAAUUAUUAACACAAAAUUAACACUAACAGGUGGAAUUGGCACCAGACAAAAUUGACAUUUUUAUCAUGCUCAUUCUGUACUUAAUACGUUAGUAAACUUUACAAUAUCAAUGAUUCAGUGCAUCUGGAAGUUAAUAUUUUCUCCACAAUGAUGUGUUGUGAGAAAGUUUGAUGCCGUCUUAUUAAAACGUUUUGCUUUGAGUUUUCAUUGUCUCCGCAGUAAUUUGCCUGGAUGUAGUUUGCAUAUCAGUUGUUUAUACAGAGGUAUCAUAUCUCAGUAUAUGUUUUUGACUCUACAUGGAAACUCCAUUGAAAGAACAUAAAAUGAAAGAUCGCUGUUUUGUUUUUCACAGCUCAUUUCUAUUGUAUUUUCUCACAAGACAAACCAUUUACUUUAUGGACCUUUCUGAUUCACCUCUCCACCUGCCCUAUUUAGCUGACCAAUCACAUUGUGUUUUGCUCUCCCUGUGGUCUCCUGUAACUACACAAAGGUUUAUUUUGAACUAUGAAUAUAUUAUCUGCUGAGAAAUAAUUUCAAAGGACUGGUCCUUCCUUUCAAGCGAUUCAGCAGUAUGUUUCUUGCAUAUUUUAACAUGACAACCCUGAGAAAAUUCAGGCAAAUUCUUUAAGAGUCAUGAGUCAAGGAAAAAGAAAAUUAAGAAGACACAGUAGUGUUUUUGGGAGAUCUAAGGACGAUACCUUUAAAGCAACAAGCAAAGGAAGACGCAAAGGACAAGUCUUACAGAACAGAUGGGUAAAAUUUCCUUGUUUACUUAGAACCACCUUAGAUACUUGAAGUUGGAAAUGUUGCCUCAAUAAUUUGUGAGAUUUUGACAAAAUUGAUUUUCUCAUAGUUAAAAUGUGAUUCUUUCAGAAUGAAUUUUAUCGCACUCAGAGUUGUAUUUCUCAAUAAUCCAAAUGCCCCAAAAAAGAAAGAUAAUAAAUAUAAAUGUACUGAUUUUGUUGAGUGUUGCAUGAAGUAUGAUAUUAUUACCAGCACGUGGUGGAUCACAGGGAGAAUUUUGCCGUAACUGUAAAACUUUAAGGAACAGAAGAGUGCUUGUGAAAUGUAACAGUGGAGUUGUAUGAGAAGAUUUCCAGUUAUUGACUUUGUACAUUCCUAUUGGAAAUCACCUGACAGUGUUGAAUGGUAUGUUAAUGAAUGUGUGUCACUUUCAAAAUGUCUGAUGUAGCUCUAAUUCAGAUGCCUUGUCACACUUUGGCUCAACUCAUUCUCAGGAUGGUUUGGAUAUCCCCGUGUUUGGAUUGUAGUGCCAUUAAUUAUUUAUUUACAUGGAGAAAGCCUGUAUGAGUGGAAAUACCUUCUAGUACUCUUUGUAACCCUUUUUAGUUUUUCACUAUUUUUUUCUCUGUUCUUUUAAAAAAUGCAUCCAGCAUACUAUGAGUUUAAUUUUUUUGUUAUUCUUAUGGUGCACAAAAUUAUUCAGUCAUGAGACAUUGAGCAUGAAGUAUUUAUGCACAAUUUGUUGCAAUAAAUGCAUUGUAGGUCUUGGAUCCUUUUAGUGCCAUAGUUUUGUUUAUAUUUGCAGUUUGAACAGUAUGAACAGAUUUACUUUUCAUUUAGUUAUGUGAAAAUUAAUUUUUUGCGAAGUUUUUUCUUUUACACAGACCUGCAAAGUGUAACUAAAUGCAAUUCAGUGACUUUUAACGCCAACUCAUGUAAUGAUUCUUAAUAAUACCUCAGUACUCAUUGUUAAUUCUUAUAUUGAAGCUAUUGAACAGUAGUUCUACCUGUCGUUUCUUACGUAAACAACUUUUCUGCUUUGACAUAUGAUUCCACUGGCUUCUCAACAAUAUUAUUAUUAUUAUUAUUAUUAAUCUACUCGUCACUUCUUGUGUAUUCAAGUUUUCUGUUUUCAUUGGCACUUGCAAAUUCUUGAACACUUGCUUGAAACUGUACAUUUCACAAAAAUGUCAAGCUUCAUACAGCAGCAUAGAUUAAAUAAGUCUUAGUGAGGAUAAUUAAAAAAACAAAGAAAAGAAAAGAAAAAUUCUAAUUGCCUAAAGCUGUUUGCUUUGAGGCAAAAGCAGUCAUGUGCGGGAAGAAGUUUGAGAUUAUUUUUUACAAUACGUGGCCGUGGUGUCUUUUCGUUUUUUUGUUUUUUGUUUUCAAACUUAAUUGCCAGUUUGUAACAUUUACCAUAAAAAAAUAUUAAACACUUUUUUUAUUUUUCUAUUUUUUCAUGACUAUGACCAAAAAAAUCAUAAUCUUCAAGUAAUUUAGGUUGUCAGUUUUGUGAAUGACAAUCCUUUGAAAUUGCAUAUGAUAAUUAAAGUCAAGCCACUGUUGUUUAUCAAUUCUUGCCUUUUAACCAACUCUUCUUUCUCAGUAUAUCUGGCACACAUUAGAAAAUAAGCUGAAUAGGCAUAUUGAUUUCCCAGAAGAUACAACUGUGAAAAAGAAAUUCAGCUCCUCAUUUAUCUGUUAUUUUGCCCAUGUGUUUCAGAGGUGGUAAUAACCAAUUUGAGAUGAUUUUUAGGUUGGUGGAGUUUGUUUUCAGAAAACGUGCUGUUUUAAAUGUCAACAUGCUCUUGUUCAAAACAAGAAUGCAUGAAAUAUUUUUUUGAAUAGCAGAAUUAAUUGUUCCAUUGUGUUUAGAACUAUUUUAGGGUGAAACUGUUGAUGUGUCGCAUCACUUCAUUAAAAUGACAAUGAGUUAUCAGCAAACUGUCCCUGGUUUACUUUAAUCUUUUGUUUUUUACUCCUUUUGAAGUGAUCAAUAUCUAUGUCUAUUGUUGUAGUGUGUAUAUAGUGUAUCACAAGUUCAUACUAAUAAUAUUCAUAUUGUUGCAUAAAUUUUAAAGUUAAUUUCUGAACAGGCUUUUUUGAAUACCCAGGAUCUUUGUAAUUGAUGCCCAUUGAUGCCCUUGUCAGUUGGUUCUCUAACAAUAAUAACUCACAUCAAAACAUGCCCUCAAAUUAUUAACUGAACACUAAAUGGUUUUCUGACCUGCUGCUGUUAUAAGAAGUUUUAAUUGUUUUUCUCUUUCUUCUUCAAGAAGACAGGUUGUUUAGUAUGUUAGUUUGUUGCGUCCACUGUGAGCAAUUUAUCGUUGGUGUGAAAAAAUGAUAAAGGCAAUAAUAACUAUUAUUUUUUAAAAAAGUAUAAAUUUGUUUUAUGGGAGAGUCUAGGCAGGUAAAAUUGUUUAUUAUUCUGCAGAUGAUGUUCUUUUUUCUGUGAAAGUAUGCUAAUGUAAAUUUUUGGAAAGUUUUUCUAACAAUUAGUUGAGCUUGCUUUGGCAGAGCGAGACUCUAAAAAUGCAAGCGUUUCUUUUUCUUUUCAUUUAUUUUGUGUGUGUGCAUACGGAAAGGGGAAUCAUGGUUCCAGGCGUUCCUAGUGGAGACUGUGGAAACUGGGGAUAAGAAUCACAACAUGUCAGUGCUCCAUGCAUUUUUUGUGAAGAACUGAAGCUUACAGAAGCUUUAAUAGGAAAGAUUGAUGUGAAAGAUGUCGAGCUAAUUUCCGGAAUGGGUCGGUCCAUGAAUUCUAUCGCUUGAAAGUGCUGAUUUCUUUAGAACAAGUGGAUAGUUCAGUGGUUGAAGAAAAAAAGACUCUUUGUGAGCAAAACUUUGAUGGUGACUAAAGGCUAACUUGUCAGGUGUGCUCAACUUUCACUGUAUGCAAAUUGAGUCUUGUGAUAAGCCUGCGGUUCAUUUUUGGCGAUGAUUGAAAUAACAUGCCAAGUUCAUCACGUUUGAGUUCUUUGGCAAUUAUGUUAUUUCUCUCAUAUUGAGGCCUUUGAUUUUCGUGUAUUUAUGCACCCAUACAGAAACAAAUCGUGGAAUCUGAUAUAAAAAGUGAAUAUCCUGAAGAAUACUUGACCGUUGAUAAAGCAGGCUGUGAAAAACUUUUAGCGGGGAAAUCCUGUUUGUAGAAUUAAUCAGCUCCUCAUUUCUUAUAUAAUCCAAGCAAGCUUAACUUAAUGCUAUUAAAAAGCGUUUUUGUUAUUAUGAGAGAAACUUUGCUCUCUUUCUUUUUCCUUCUGAAAUGUUCUUCAUUUUCAAUAAAAAGAGGCACAAAUAACAAAGUGUUUUUUUAAAUACUUAGAGAGUGAAUGGAAGAAAGUAGAACAUUAAGACCUGCAUAUUCAAAGCUGCACAAUAGUUUGCAAAUUUGCGUAUUUAACUGUCGUGAUCUUCUCUGCAUUUAGUUUCAAGGGGGGAUGGGGGAAGGGGCAAGCGAUAUGUGAAAUUUUACAUUUUAGACGGCUUUGCUCCCCAUGUCUAAUAAUUUAUAUAAUUUUUAUUAGAACCUUCCUCAGUGAGAAAACCAACAAAUAAAAAAAUAUAUAAGAACGUUUUGACUUCAUGUGUCAAAUGUAAAGAAAGAGGGUUUAGGGGUAGAUAUGUGAAUAGCUGAAACUGAAAUGUAGCAUGUUUGCUGUGCUUUCACUUGCAGUCACUUCUUUCUACACGUUCUCCUUACGAUGAGUUUCAUCGUCUCUUUAAAACUGUUCCCAAGGACCAAUUUCCAAUAAAUGGUAAGCUGAAGUUCUUUUUGUUUUCUUGAUUGUCCUAUUCUACAUUCAUUCCCAGGGGGGGGGUGCUACUCUGGGGUUCAAGUGACAGGGAUGAUCGCAGGAUUUUUUUGGGUUUGAAAUUUUAGAUUGUGGGAUUUAUUUGGGUAGGAUAAUUUGACAAGUAUAUUUUUGGGUGGCUUGAUUUAAGAAGGGAUUUAAGAAGGUCGUAGCUUCAACAGUGUUUUCAAUAUUACUUAUACUGUCAGACCCUGUCAAUAUGGACACCGAGGGGGCCAUAGAAAGUGUCCAUAUUAAUGGGGUGUCUGUUUUAAGCAGGUCGAAUUUAGAGAAAGUGUAAGCGCUUCCUUUCCCCAAGGACAAAGCAAACUGUCUGUAAUAAUGAGGUGUCUAUAUUAAACAAGUGCCCGCUGUAAAGCACGGACACUGAGGGGCCAUAGAAAAUGUCAGUGUUAACAGAGUGUCCAUUUAGAGAAAAUUUAACAACUGUGUUGCUUAGUGGAGGUGGGUGCCCGGGAUGUCCAGGGGCUUCCACAGCCAGCCCCUAGACAGAGUUAUACCCCCAUGGCUGGCAAACCAGCACCCUCCAACCAUGAGCCCCCACGCCAAUAGAACCAGGCACCUGUCACACUGAUUUAUCAGUGAAAAAAUAAGGUGGGGGAUGGGGGUAAAGGAAUGAUCCAAAGGCUAAACGAAGAGAGUGCGUGGCUGCCAGGAAAAUAUUGUACUGAGCACAUGGAGGUGAUGCAAGCAAGGCUGAUCACGCUUGAGCCAAAUGACUGACCGCUGACCAGCAAACUCUCUGUAAUAAUGACAUGUCCCUAUUAACCCUUUAAGUCCCAAUAUCCACAUACAAAUUCUCCAAACUGAUCUCUAUACAUUUCCAUAAAGAAUGUGUUGAGAGAAUUUGAUAAAAGAUCAAAGCAUUUUCUCUUUGUUGAUCAUUUUAUUAAUUCUCAUAACCUAGUCUCUUGACAAAUUAUGGAUAUCAUUAGGAGGAAAUUGAUGUUGGUCACCUUUGGCACUUAAAGGGUUAAGUGAGGGUCUGGAAAGUGGGGUUUGGCUGUGUUAAGAAAAAUCCAAGUGGAAAAAUAACCUAGACUGAUCAGGUAUCCUGUUCAGGAUGAUGCAGAAACCAUUGCAUCAUGUUCUUUUUUAUUGCUUUGAUUCAUAAAACCAACCUUUCAUUUUCCUUGUUAGAUUUCAGCUGUGCUUUAAGUCGUGAAAUUUUGCUCCAAGGAAGAAUCUAUGUAAGCCAAGGAUGGGUUUGCUUCUAUUCAAAUAUAUUUGGCUGGGAAACACAGGUAUGGACCUUUGUCUUUGUCAUUUCCUUAUUGGUUGUGUGGGCCACAAUCUAGUGUUAUUUAUUUAUUAUUUUGAUCAAAUUGUUGUUUUUUUUUUCAAACCAUCUCUUAAAAUACAAUUUUAAUGUGAAUGUGUCUGUUUAAUGUCAUUUGCUUGGCUUAUUCAAUUUAACUACAGGUAACGAUUGACUGUAAAAAGAUCCAGUCCAUCACAAGAGAGAAAACUGCCUAUGUUGUGCCCAAUGCUAUACUGAUAUGUACUGAGGAAGAAAAGGUAAAUUUUUGAGACAAGAAAAUAUGUAAAUAAAAAUGUGAACUGCCUCCUUAAACUUUGCACUUUUCAUGCAUAUUAUACCCAACAUGUGGUUCUGACUUUUGAUGGUGUGGAUGAAAUCUUGUGUUAAAACCUCUUCAGCUUGUACUACUGCAUUAAUGUCUUCACCAUCUUUAGAGCAGUACAUUUUGGGAUUUUUCUUUAGUUUGAGCUUUUGUCUCUGGGAUAUUGAGAGGUUAUUACUAUCAACACCCCACCCCCUCUCACUGUUAUUAACUACAGUACAGUCACUGUAUAUGAGAGAAAUUUUAUUUUUGGAAAAUGCACGACGUUAUUUAGUUCAUUGGUAACAGUGUUUCUAGUAUAUUUCUUUUCAAAGUGAUCGGGCAAUCAUAGCAAACAUCUCAUAUUCCUAAAAUAACAUGAUGGUAAUUUCAAACCACAGAAUUAUCAUAAGUGGAGUAUGAUAUCUAUCCUUUGUGUCAUGUUUAAAUUUUUAAGUUUACAAUAAAAAAAAAUUUUCUAUUAAAACUACAUGUUAUUGUCUUAGAUAUAAGACCAGUCAAAAUGUUACAUGUCAUGGCAUAUUUAAUUAUGAUGGAUCACAAACAAUAAUAAUUUUUAUGCUGUCUAACAGUUUAAAAACAUAUUGCUGAUAAUAAUAAUUUUUGAUUACAGCACUUCUUCUCUUCAUUCUUGUCGAGGGAAACUGUAUACAAGCUUCUUGUUCAAGUUUGGGAUGAAGUGAAAAACAAACAACAGGUUAGUAUUAAUGAUAAUAAUAAUAAUAAUAAUAAUAAUAAUAAUAAUAAUAAAGAAAUUUAAGAAGAUUAAUAACUACUCAGAACUGGGAGUAGAAAUUGCUAGAGUAUUGAACUUGUUGAGAGAAGUAGUUCCUGUGGUGAUUGGUGCCCUUGGCUCCAUUCCUAAGAAUUUGCAUCGCCACCUUGAAAGUCUUGGGAUUAAAGUGCAUGUCUCGAUGAUGCAGAAAUCAGCAUUGCUUGGUACAGCUAAUAUCCAGUGAAAGGUGCUUCUUUCUGAGGUCAUUGACUUGAUAGACAGAACACUUUAUGUCAAGGGCUCCAGUACCAAUAAUUAUUAAUGUUGAGGAUAAUGAUGAUGGUGAUGAUGAUGUUGAUAAUAAUACUCCAAAAUUUAAAUUCAUACUUGGCUCAGAGGCUUGCAGUAAUAAAAGAAGGGUAUCAACUACUUGUGCUUCAGGAAUUCUUUUGUUUUAUUUCCUAAAGCCUAAAAAUCAAGUAUGAAUAAUAUGUAUUUUAGUUUAUCAAAAUUUGGCCAGUCAAAUGUAGGUAUACUCCUGGCUGAUUUUCUUGAAAGAUGAAAAACAACCCUAAAGCAAAAUAAUUUUGUUGAGUGAUGUGUGUGACUGUAAUGUUUAGCAUUAAAAAAAUUAAACAAUUAAAUUAUUUAAACAUUUCUCAGUACCAUGUUUGACAGAAAAUUCAAGAUGUAGGCAAAAACGUAAAUACAGUGUGGUUAAAUUUAAAGCUUUAUAAGAUCAUCUCUUAUUGGUAUUUCUGUAAUUUUUGUUAUGGCGGUAUGUAAAAGUUGAGUGCAUGUUUUUAAUUUUUUUAAAUCAAAUUAGAAGUCAGAUACAUCAAAAGAAGAAAAUCAGGUGAAUAUCAUCAAAUUACGACUGCGCUAUAAUCAUAAUAAUAGACUUGUUAAUCAAAUCAAUUUUUUUGGUUUCACUUCCCAAUGGAUGCAACACCCCAGUUUGUUUGAAUCUAAUCUUUUCAUUUAACCUUUUAAACCCUUAUAUCAAAAUUUAAAUUCUCAUUUGUUGCCUUUAUAAUCUUCCCAGUUCCCAGUUCCAGAAAGUUAAAACAUGGCUUUGUGUGAAAUUGUAAACAAAAAGUGGCAAAUAUCAUUAUUACUUAAUAUAUUAUUAAAAGAUGACUGGAAAAUUUUUCCAAGAACUAACAAAAUCAUCUAACGCUCAGUAAUUUAAUAUUAUUAGGCCCUGUACGUACUACAACAAAAAAUGGAGUCUGCCAAAAAAAUGCAAAAAAAUUUGAAAAUUUGUGACUUGUUCUCACCUGAGACACAAGAAAGUUUUCCUGUAACCAAAAAUAUCACUUAAACAACAAUAAUUGGUCACAUUCACUAAAUAAGAUGACCCGAUGAAGGGUAGCUGUCAAGGAACAAAAGAUUUUGUAUCCUGACAAUAAAUUGGAGACCUCCAAAUCUUCUUGAUGCCAUUUUUGAAGUUUGGUAACAUUAAAUUUUGUGAGAUAAUUUUGGUAGGUGAAAAAAAUUGUUCGCCCUAGAAAUGGCUUCCUGUUGACAGAUUUUUUUUGCAAACAGGGCCAUAAUGGUAAAAAGCUGGGCAUGAUAUAUGUGGUUGGUAGAAUUAACCCUUUAAACUCUAAGAUCAAAAUUAAAAUUCUCAGUGUCUCCCGUAUUCAUUUACUAUAGAAGUAGUGGGGAGAAGUUGAUUAAGUAUCAAGCAAAUAGAUCUUGUGUGAUCAUGUCCUUAAUUCUCAUUUCCACUAUGUUUUAAAAAGCAUUGAUAUUACAAGGAGAAAUUGGAUGCUGAUCACUUUUAGGGUUUAAAGGGUUAAUUACCAAUUUUAUUACUACCAAACCCAAAGGGAAACAAUAAUAACAAAAACCAUGACUACAAACAAGCAAACAAGCAAAUUUUAUUUAACAAGUUCAAUGGCUCCCUUCCAAUGCAAAUGCCAAAUUCAACUCAAAGCAAACUUCUUCUAUUGGUAAUUUACUGCAAAAGAAAUACUUGUAUACUUCCAAGAACAUUGUAACGAAACCUAAUUUAGAUGAAUUUUGAACAAUAUCGCAUUGAAAAUUAUGGCAAACAAUAUUAAAUGUGUGUGGCAACUGACAGGUUUUUUAUCCUUCAAUACUUUUUGUUUUUUAUUGUAAUUUGUUUUGUUACUUACUGACUUAUUUAUUUAUUUAUUCUUUACUUUGUGCUGUUUAUUAAUAUUGUUAAUUUGUUGUCAAUAAAAAAGUAGAAAAUAAAUAAAUUAAUAAAUAAAUAAACCACCACUACUUAACGUGUAGUUGUUUUCAGACUUGGAAGGUAAUCAAAAGAGUACAGUGAUUGAAAGCGAAGAAAGGAGUGUUAAAUUAAGUUUCAUCACCAGCUUCAAACAUGUCUUUUGUCUUUUCUGGUCUGCACCACAUAAAAUAGCUGAUUGUAAUGAGUUUGCAUAUUUUAUAGAUGAGUGACCCAUGUUCAGAUGACCAGCAAACACAGGGCAUAGAUGGUGAACCUGAUGCUAGAGAGGAUACUGGUGAAAAUGAUGGUAAUUUUUAUUAUUAUUAAUCUCUUACUUGCUUAUUGACUCCUGUACAAACCACUUUAGCAAUACAUGCAUGAUCAUUUAACUAGCUUGAAGUCAAACGCCCACAAAUAAUGUCAGCAGCAAACAGCAAAUGUCAGAUUCAAUUUGAGAAACUCUCUCAAACUAGAAAAUGAGCAGUUAAAAACAGCUCAGGGCUUAUGGAUAAAACUAAUGUGAAUCCACUGAUUUCCAUGAAGUUAUAAUGAAUGGAUAAUGACAAGUAAAGGGAAAACUUGGUCUCUUGGUACAAAUUCACGUUUGCCAUUUGCCUGCGAAAACAGCCAUCUCUCCUUGCUCCAAUGCAAGAGAUGUUUUACAGGAGUGACAUCUGCACCUCAACAACAGAAAUUCCCUAGCGGCAAAGAGCAAGGAGUGAUGGCUGUAUUUGCAGGCUACCGAAAAAGGAGCAUAAGCUGAACAAGGAAAGACCCAUUUUGUUCUUGUGGGAACAGUACAGGCAAUUCCCAGCAGGCAAGCAAGUUCUAUCUCCAGUCACAGUUUGUAUUUCCCUAUAUGCCAUGAUUUGGAUUUAUUUCCGGAUAAAAGGCUUGGAAAAUGAUUUCUAGAAUAAUUCUGUUUUCAGCUCAGAAAGGUUUUUAAUGUCUUGAGUGAUUUAUAAAUCUAAUACAACACUCUGGUACUUUGGCUUAGUGCAGUAAUGUGGUAGUUGUUUUAUUUUUUUUAUUUAUUUUUAACUAUACUGUAAAUAAACCAUUAAAAAGGAUUUCACAAGACCAUUCUUGCUGAAAACCAUUUCCACAAAACAAAAACACCAAGAUCUAAAGCUGAGACGAUUUAUGGGUAUUAAACAUGAUAUACUGAGUAAUGUCCUAAAGUACUAUCUUCAGAAAAUUCCUAAAUGUCCACAAAUAAGUACCCCUCUUAAAUAUGCACCCAAACCUCAUCCUAAAUUUAAGUAAAGUGCCUAGUGUAAGAGUGUCUCUUCCCUGGUGCAAAAUGUUUUUUCUCAUGUCAAACCUUGGCUUACAGUCAGCAACUGUAAGGCUAUCUGCAGUGGGAAGAUGUCUGGUUUUUAAUACCUAUUUUAACUCAAACUGCUGUAGUGUAAACAAUUUUGUUUCUUCAUCUGGCACCUUUCUGUUUGAACAUGGCAUUGUCAAGAGUUAGGUUUCUUUGACAGAUCAAAUUUCUUCAGUCACCACAAUUUCUUUUGAGAUUUCAUUGAUGUACAUAUGGGCCCAUUCUAACAUUGGUUUGACAGGUUUUAAUCAAAGUUUAUUGUCAGUGUCUGAUCGGUUCGGUGUCGGCAGUGAAUAAACUUUGCUGAACUUAUUACUUCCAGAAUGUAAUGAGGACCACUUAAGCUGCUCUGCGGAACAUGGAGAAGACACAUCAGGAUGCGUUGAGUGUCAACAGGCUAGACAAACACCAACAGACAAGUUAACAUAUGAUGAGACAGACAUGGCGUUAAAUACAUCAUCUCUCCCUGAUAAAGACCAGCUGAACCCCUCGGAAUCCUCGAGAAUUUCUGGCUGUGGUAAUAAAAUUGUACUAUAAAAUUAAUGUGGAGAUGAGUCAUAAUAUUUGGAAUACCAAUACCUGUGGGAGGGUGGGUCCCAAUAGGUUUUUCAGGAUCUGGGAUAUGUCUUUUAUAUGCCCAGGAUUUGGGAUUUUUUUAGAGGAAAGGGAAAGAACAAUUUGAAACUCUUCUAUGGAUUGGAUGGGAUUUCAUUUUGCCAGUUUAGCAAUGUGGAUAAUUAAGCCGAAGAGCAUUUUGCGCAUUUGGCUCAAAUUCGACAUAGGCUUUUUUCUUCAACCCUUCAAUUUUAUUUUAAUCCAGACCACCAUUAUUAAUGUCAGGAAUCAUUAAUUUUAUAAAUCAUUGUUAUUCUUUGUAUAAUAAUAUUAAUCUUUCUGACAGAGUAAGAACUGAUGGUAUGAUUUACUUGAUAAACUAAGUUAUUGAGACCUUGCUUUUGAACUGAAUUUAUUUUUGUGUUUCAGCUGGUAUUGCAAUGUUCCUAGCUUCAGUAGCUGAGACUGUGUAUUCAUAUUUGCAAGUCAGUUUUAGAUUAGUUCAAAGGUGAGUCAUGCCAGAUAUAAUUGCCAAAAUUAAAAAGGUGGUGGAAAAAACACUGACCCCCAAUCCAUGGACUACCCAUAUGCAGGGGCGUAGCUCCCAUAUAUGCACAUAUAUGCACAUACGCCGGUGCAUACAUGUACACCUGAAAUUCUGGAAAAAUACACGUAUUAUAUAUGUCUUAUUUUGUGAAAAAGCAUUUUUUAUCAUUAAAUUAGGACGACUGAUACAUUUUUUGAACUACACUGUCUUUUGGUGUCCAUGUGUUAGUAUUUCCUUUAUCCUUUUAUUCAGAUUCCAUAAUUCUGUGGAGUCCCUGGCCUUUUUUUCCCAGGAACACUGUACCUUACCGACAACACUAGAGAUGAGUAAAAUAUACAACUACCUACUGCAUUUCCUGCAUAUUAAUUUGCUGAAAUGUCUGGUGGAAAAUGCUGAAAGUGGCAUUUCUGAGACCCUAAAUUUAAGAACUUUCCAGCAGAGAAAAAUCUCACGCUAUGCCCCUGAUAUGGACUACCCUAAAAUGGACUACGCUGCUGAAGUUUAGUGGUUAGGUUUAGGAUACUGAGUUAAUCAGCUUCCAUUUACACAUACUGUAGGGUCCUUAUACUAGGAAAACUGACCUGAAACUUGAUUCACUCACUUUCCUAACCCUUAUCACUUCAUUGACCACUCCAGAAACUACCAUAACAUACCAUAAUGCUCUUUGUUUGUCACCCCCAACUUUUGCAUAAGAAUUGUCUUCAGUUUCUCUUGGGAGUUAAAAUGGCCCCAAGAGAAACUGAAAACAAUGCUUAUGCAAAAUUUUGGGGUGACAAACAAAGAGCGUUAUGGUAUGUUAUGGUAUUUUCUGGAGUGGUCAAUUCAGUGGCGUAGUCCAUUUUAGUGUAGUCCAUAUGGGUAGUCCAUGGGUAUAGUGCUUGGUCAGUGUUUUGUACCCCACCCUCUUGAUUGGUAGACUGCAAGUAAGCUCUCCAUUUUUAAGAGGCUAGUGAACCUAGCUUACGCUGCUUACAUGUAUCUUCAUAAUUUCUUCCUUAUGGAGAGCUUGAUGACUGGCUAUGUGUUUGGAGGAGUAGCAGUCUCAUAAUACAGGCAUCAUUUAAAGGUUACCAUGCAACAGUCCACCCAAACAAUAGUAGUAUUGGAUACUCAGCAGAGUUAUAAGUGGUGUGGUCAUGGUUAACUGAUAAACUGGGUGUUGAGCCAUACAAUGUAAUUGUGAGAUGAAGCCCCCCUGCUGCCAUGUAACCUGUGAGCAAUCUCUCCAAGGCACUUUGGCGAUGGGGCAGAAAAGGAAGGAGUCAGCUUGCAACUAUGUCUACGGAAUUUGAAUAUCUGCGUCGUAAAAGUUGAUGCAAAAUGCUGAUUGGCGGAGAUGACAUUAGCAAUGACAUCACUACCAUUGGCACAGGUUUUUCAAUUAUGUUUGUUUACAUUCGUGAUUCACACUUGUUUCCGCUUUACGCUAAUUGGCGUAAAUCUGACAGCUCAGUCGACGGGGAGCCACAGGGGAAUUGGUAGUGGAAUUCAAAUUCCAGAGUCAUAGUUGCAAGCUCUCCUUCCUUUACCAUUUGAGUAGUUCUUCAUGUAGAUCUUACAUGGGGCACACUACCUCAAGUGAAUGUAAGGUUUACCUGAAGCUCUACCCAAAUGGUAAUUUGAGAAUAUUAUGGUAUUUUUCGCAGUGGCCUAUAGGCUUUGUAGAUUUUUGGGUCAUGACUGGUGUAAUAUAAUUUAUUCAUUUUCUUUGUUUUAUGGGCUAUUGUCAGGGUUAGGUUCAUUGUUAGGGGUGUUUUGUUUUCUUUGUUUUAUGUCAGCUGUGAGUUAUAAAUUAUAUUACACCAAAGAUGAGCCAUAUUUUUUGACAAGGCAAAUAUCUAUAUGCUAAAAUAAAAAUUUGUUUACUAAACAGUACUUUUGUCUUUAAUUAAUGUUUAGGCUUUCAAGAGAACAGCCAUUUUAUAUAGUAACUUCUAUUAUGUAAGUAUCUACCUGAACAAGUGAAUUUUGUAGUACUCGCUGGAAGAAAAUAAAUAAUGAAGGCCACAGUUUUCUUGGCAGAUGCCAUUUAAACAGAUCAACCACAAGUGAAAUUUUGUUACAUAUUAGUGGACAUGACAAAGAAAUUUAAAAGCUGACGUUUUGAACACUAGCUUUUUGCUUACCCUUUCCUUUGCUUGCCUUUUGCUUCUGUAACUCAUUCUCUAGGCCUUGAAAUGCAAGCACUCAAAUAUUGCAAGCACCAAUCAAGCUCUCUUUUUGAGCUCUGUUAAAAGCAUUAGUAGUGACUUUUUGUGCAUACAGACAUAUAUCAAAGUAAGCUUGCCCGGUGGGGUUUGCCUUCAACCUGGAAUCCGAAGUCUGGAAAAAAUCCACGCUGAACACUGAAAUGACUCUGAAGUUUAGUGAUAUAUAGGGUUAGGAAACCGAGUGAACCUUUCAGAUCAGUUAACCCAGUAUAAUGAUCCGAAAUGGACCUAUUCACUCAGUUUCCUAACCCUAAUCACGAAACUUCCGUCAUUCAACAUUCGGCGUGAGUUUUUUCCACAUUCCGGAUUCUGGGUUUUAGGGAAACCCUGUGCGGUAAGGUAACUGGAGUGGUAGAAAAGAUUUGCCUCUAUGGUCAGGGAAUACUCAGUUGCCCCUCAGAAGUUGCUCUUGCCUAUGUCCUCUUGGUUUGCUUUGCUUCCCAGUUACAGCUGAGAUCCCUAGCACACAGUUGUAAUGGCCCAAAAAGAUAACUUACUUCUCCUUGGUUAAUAUUCCUAGGGAAUACCCCAUGCUGUCUGCCAGCUGGGUGUUGACUGACAUCUUCUUGUAAUCUGAUCAUUUGUCUUGCUCAGUCGCUUGAUUUGCUGUUUCAAUUCCCUCCCUCCCAACCUUGGGGCUUCUCUCGAGUCCUCAGGGCCUUGGUUCCUUCAUUGAAGAUGCCCAAACAGAUUCACUGGCUUGUUGUUCGCUAAGGUGUGCGGGGGACACAAGGGAUUAAUAUUUUAUGGAGAAAAAACUAAACUUCACCUGUUUUAUCUCCACCUCUGAAACAACAACACCACCAACUGAGUAUUUUCUAAAAGUUAUUUUUUUAUGUUGGGCAGUUAAUUCUCUUUUAAUUGCCAUUCUUAGGACUUUGAGGUUCCAAAUAAUGUUGUUGCUGUUGAAAAUUAUCCUCUUCUUAGCUAUGCUCUGUUGCACUUGGCGUACUUAAUAUUUUAAUCACCUUUUGUCAUUUCAGGAUACUCUGUUUGAUGAUGUGUAGUUUUUUCCUGUUGCAUCGUAUCUCUUUACUGGAACCAAAGAUCAUGGCAAAAACAGCACAUGCCCCUGAAAAAAUUCUCCUGUGAGUUCAUCAUUCUGUUCUAAAGUUAACAUGUCACAUGGGUUUUAAUUGAACAUUGGUUUUAUAAAGUCAAGUAGCAUUGUGUAUAUGUAUAAUAGACAGAUUCACUAAUUAGCAUUUGAAUUACCUUGCACAAUAUUUUCAGAGACCCACCGUCUCACAGAAGUAAACAGAAAUAAAAUUGUUUCAUCCAAAUCUAGACUAAGAAUACAUCCAUAUCUCUUUGCUCCUCUUCACAGUGGGUUGUUUCAUGAGAGCUCUGGGAAUGUCCCAGUAACAGGGAACAAUAGGAUCAGGCAGCAAAGCUAAUCCAAAUCCAUUAAGGAUCUUUUUAACAAAAUAUUUUCAUUAAUUAAUUAUUGUCAUGAUUUUUAUUUUUUUGUCCUUUAAUUUGUAUUAAAGUUAGCUUUUUUUUCCAGUCAUCAGUCUAUGUAUCAACUUUGGAAGCUCCGUCAGGAAGUUUUUGAUGCAGAGGUUCUCAGGUAGGGUUUAAAGUCUCUUUGUAGGCUACCACAGAUAAUGACAAGCCAAGUUUUAUUUACAGAAAGUACAAUAUUCAAAGUUGAUGACUUUUACUAAUGCCUUUUCUUCUUUUACAGAUUUAAAACAAUAGUAGCUGCCAAUUUAAACGCUAUAGCACAGGUACAAUUUUACUGUAAUUUUGCCUAUUUAAGGGUCAAAUUAAAUUGUCAAAUUUGUCAAAUUAACAAAAAAAAGGGUAUAUAAACAAAUAGGAAGUGGAUGUAAUUUUUAAGAUACCUUUGUGUUAUCUGUUAGUGGCACUUUGUCUACCACACUGCAGAUCAUGUUCAAGUCAUGGUCCUUUCUCUUGCAGGUGCGAAAAACACUUAAGAUGUUGGAGGACGAUCUAGGAGCUCAUAUAAGUAGAAAUUGCACCUUACUAGAUGACAAUUUGUGUGUUCAAAUUUAAAAAGAUAUUUUAUAAUUAAUGAAUUGUGGGAACACCAUGUUCAAAAUGACUUAAUAUCCAAUUUCACUCAAAAUAUUCAUUUCUUACUGUAAGACUGCAUGUUUGCAACAGUGUAACAGUGUAAUUAAUUAAUUGUGGAAACACCAUGUUCAAAAUGACUUCAUAUCCAAUUUCACUCAAAAUAUUCAUUUCUUACUGUAAGACUGCAUGUUUGCAACAGUGUAACAGCAACAGUGUGAAAACUGCAGGCUCAGAUUUAUUUGACUUACUUCAUUCUCUGCCAAGUAGUGUACAAAGAUUUUAUUCCUUGACGAUGAGUAGUGUUGGACUAGAAUAAGGUGAGAGUGACACCCACCGGUGAUCACCCCCUCCCCCUUCCCAUGCAUGCAUUACUCCUCCUUGCACUAUCUCUGAGAAAAUAAGAGACAACUUUCACAGGCUUGAAAUUGUUUCUUUCACUGUACUAUUAUAUCUUUCGAAAAGAAAAAAAGAUACUUCUGAUAACGGAAACUGCUUCAAUUGAAAAUUACUGUGGUUUAACAAUCAAGGAAGCAACAGUGACGCUCUUUAAAAGAGCAGACCUAUUUAUUUCCAUAAUUUUAUACACAUAUAUUUAAUCAACAUGAACGUAUUUUGUAUUUAAAAUUGAAACAAACUCUUAAAUAUAAUUUGUAUUUGUCAAUGUAUAUAAUUUGAUACAAUACCUAAAAAUUAAUGCCAAGUCUUCAAGUUUUUGGUCAAUUUGUUAAAAUAGAGUGUUGUUAAAACAAUAUUUACCUAAGAAAGUAUUUCACUGAGAAAUGGUAAUGCUGGCGUUAGCAUUUCUUAGUGGAAGCAGCCAUGCUGUCUAAGCAUUAUCCUUUCACUUAAAUUUGUCAUGAAAUAGUUGCAAGUGUUACUUUUUCAUAAUUUAGUAUUUUAUCACGUAUUUAGGUACAUGUACAUUGCAGUCUCAUAUUGGGUUAAAUUUGCCCAUAUUAAUUUCAAGGUUUCCUAGCAGGUCAAUAGAAUUUAGGACAGUAAGGAAUAUAAAGCAGCUUAGCAGAUUUAUGAUUUGAUGAACAGACCAGGUGCAUGCUGGUGGUGGCUUAGCCUCCCACGCAAAUGUUCUUAGGCCUGCCCCAUGAACAUGUUGGAGGAACAAGUGACAAACCCCUAAGAACGUCUGCUAGGGAGGCUAGUGGCGGCUCUGCUGCCAAAACUUUUUCCGCAAAAUCACACAAGUGAGCUUGCUCACAGGCUAACGAGAUAGCUCUGUCAACAUGAAAAAUAUUCCAGCCUGGUUUGAAUAAACACCUGUUGACUCUGCCACAAAGAGUGGC